ACGAAGAAGAGUCGUAAAAAAAAAACUGGCGGGUUAGCUGACAGCAGCAGACUGGCCACACUCAUAGACUGUAAAUGAUCACACUCUUGGGUAGAACUGAAAAAAGAGUUAUGGACGCUGGUGUGCUUCUCGGUCGGUUUGACGGGCAGUCGAAGCUUCUUGUCCGGGCUCUUCUCUCUGGAGCCACCGGAGCCGAGAGAGCUCUGGACGUCUUCCACAGGCAGCAGCGGGCCAGUAAUAUGUCAAUAUCAGCCUUCAUAGAUGCACUGUGUCAGGAAGAAAUAAACUGUCGAGCUGAAGAAGUUCUGCCACUAUCAGUACAACCCCUGGUGUGCCUGUUUCCAAAACUUUUCAUAAGAAACCUGCUCUCAUUCAUCCUUCUGCUUCAGCCAGUUCUUCCUCCGACAAAGGUUCUUCCUCUGCUGAAAUGCAUCAGCCAGGACCCUAAUGUGAGCCCCUGGGUCGCUGCUCUGGUUAGACAGCUGAAGAGAAACAUGGGGGUUCAUAAAGGGAUGCCUCUUUACACUCCAAGCUGUAGCCAGAGACUGAAGGAGCUUUCGCAGCGUUUCGUUAGUUGUGGUGAGGCUGGAGGAUGGGUGAAAUGCUUUAGCUGUCAAACAGAGGAAUCUGAAUCACAGAGGGAAUCUGGUUUAUCAGAGCCGGGCACUCAAAGAAAGAGGAAGGGCAGCUUUGCUACUCUGGACUCAGAUGGUGAGGAAACGGGACAGAAGAGUAAACGCAUGAAGAUGGAUGUCUGUGUUAGUGAGUGUCUCCAAACUGAAGAACAAGGCCUUAAAGUAGAAUUAUCAGGACGUUUAGAAAGUGAUGCUCCAGGAGAGACCGCUGAGGAGCCGCUGCCAGCACCUGAACGUCCAUGUGAUGCACUGCCUGAACAUUUAAAGGUCCCUGUUCUUCAAAUAAAAGAAUUAUUGGAAAGUCACACAGAGUGGGACCAGAGCUCCAUGAACAUGUUCAUAGUGCUGAACGAGUGUGACCCUGGCCAGGUGGAGUUGUUAUGUAGCAUGCUGAGCUUUCCUGACAUACCGGAGCAGACUCUGCCCAAACUGUGCAGCAGUAUUUUGGCUCCAUCUCUAGACAUCAGCUACAGCACGGCAGCGACACUCAUCAGGAGUCUCCUGUUGAAGAAGGUUCUGUCCCUGUCAGAACCGGCCUCCAGAUGUCUUGUCACUGCAGCAACACAGCUGUGCAGCCACUGUCCCAGACAAAUGUGUCAAGCUCUAAUCGGACCAGCUCUACAGGACAAGAACAUAGGGAAUCCACAGGCGGAGCUCCUGAACAGACUGAUAGAAGGAUGCCUGGAUUCACAUUACAGACUGCUUGUCCUGCAAAUGACACUCAAAAUAUCAUGGAACGAGGCAGUGCUCUCCAUUAUCCACAGCUUGUUAGACUCCAAGCCUGACAUGAGUGAAGAACUAUUUGCGGAGUUCACAGAACAGCUCAUCAGCCAGGGUCCUCAAUUCACGAAGUCUGUGAAGUUUGCAAAAAUGAUGCUGACAGUCCUCACCAAAUAUAGCAUUCAUGUAACUGCUGCACACAAACAAUCCCUGAACGGAUGCCUGAUGUUAAAUGAGACCUUCCUGAAAAAGCCUCUCCAAGCUGCACUGAAAAGAAUCACUGACUCAUGAAGACUUUCUUAUCCUCGACUUUGUUUUGCACGAGAGUCUUCUUAAAAGUUCAAACUUUUUCUGCUGUGAUCUUCAUGGCAUGUUUGUGUUUGUGCUCUAAUUGUUGAAUAAAACAUUUUCAACAU